AUGUCUCCACUGUCCGAAGACACCGUCACAUCGAUCGCGCCGCCUGCGAUAAAUGUCAUCGACGCUGAAGCCUCGAGUGAAGCAAAGCCGACCGACACUAUACUAGAGGAUGGUUCUGGGGAGGAGUUGCCACUAGAUGCAGAUGAAGAGACACGUCUUAAGUUCUUGACAACUGGCACUCGAGCGCAAGAUGACCUGGAGCGCGAUAUCGGUCGCCAGGCGGACCAGCUGCUCACCGAGCAGGCUGACGCGCGAGACAAGAAGCGCAUAGAAAAGGCAGAGGCAGAGGCAAAGCGGGCGGAAGCGGCAAUCCAGAAAUUGCGAAAUCGGCUAGCUUUGCCCAUGUUAUCAGCACAGAAGUCAAAGGUCAGAGGCGAGAUUGAGGCUUAUCGCCUGAAGAUUGAAGAACUGGACUUGGAAAUGGAUGCAAUACAGAAGCGCAUAAACGACCGACACAAAGCUCCUGGAGAAAUUGAUGCGGCCGAAAAUGGUGCCAACGGACCACUUCCAAAUGAAAGCCGUCGCGAAUUCCUCAUACGAACAGGCAAAAUCACGCCAUUUUCCAAGUUGGCACAGAGUCAGCCUGGCUCAGGAACACUGGGCGAGGUGAUGCUGGACGCUGAAGUGGAGGAUAUGGUUGAUGAGGCUGAGAAAGGCCCCAAGUCCCACCGCAAUCUGAUGAAGCCCGGCUUCCAAGACUUCGAGUCUAGUCCAGAGAUCGCGAGCCCACAAGAACCCAGUCGUCCAAGUAAAAGACGGAAGAUGACGUCUAGUAAUGAUGUGAUGGGGUCCCGUGAAUCAAGUCCUGCGGAAGAGGCUGAUGGCGACUCCGAUGAUGCCUUUGAUUCUGGCUUGACUGAUAAGCAGCUUGCAACACUGGAUGACUCUGAUGCAAUAUCGGACAACGUAACUCAAGAUGACUCCUAUACAGAAGAGAGCACGGGACGGAAACGCAAAAGCCGUGGCAAAAAAGCGAAAGCUGCACCCGCUCAAGAAGCUGCUGUUGUAGAGGAUAUGGCUGGAGUAGAUGAUGGCAAUGAACGAUUAUUUCGCAGCCGUGUAGAAAAGUGGGCGAAGAAUCGUGCCGCUGCGAGAAACAAAGCCAAAGCGAAGAACAGUGAUAGUACUGCAGGAAAUGAUGCAGAUGGUGAGGAAGAUGAAGAACAAUAUCUACCUCAUCCUACAGAGGCGGACACUGUAUUCGAUGGCGGUUUCCGGAUACCUGGUGACAUCUAUCCGGCCCUCUUUGACUAUCAGAAGACAGGCGUGCAAUGGCUUUGGGAGCUCUACUCGCAGAACGUGGGCGGUAUCAUCGGUGACGAGAUGGGGCUUGGCAAGACCAUACAGGCUAUCUCGUUCGUUGCCGGACUGCACUACUCGAAGCUACUUACCAAACCUGUUAUCGUCGUGUGUCCAGCAACGGUCAUGAAGCAGUGGGUAAACGAAUUCCAUCGUUGGUGGCCAGCCUUGCGUGUCUCAAUCCUACACACGUCCGGAAGUGGCAUGCUGGAUACGCAACGAGAGGAUCGUAUGGAACGAGAGUUAGAGCUUCGAAGCUACGGUGAUUACGAUACGACCCUUACUGGCGCUGGUAAAGCAGCGAAGAAAAUUCUGGAAAAAGUGAAACGUGAUGGCCAUGUCCUCGUGACGACUUACUCUGGUCUUCAAACCUAUUCGGAGUUCUUAAUACCUACCGAGUGGGAAUGCGCCAUCUUGGACGAAGGUCACAAGAUUCGGAAUCCCAACACAGCUAUCACGAUCCACUGCAAAGAAUUGCGGACACCAAAUCGCAUCAUCUUGUCAGGCACGCCCAUGCAGAAUAACUUGACUGAACUCUGGUCGCUAUUUGACUUUGUCUUUCCAAUGCGCCUCGGUACCCUGGUGAACUUUCGCAAUCAAUUUGAAUUUCCAAUCAAGCGCGGCGGCUACGCCAAUGCUUCAAAUCUAGAGUUUGAGACAGCUGUACGGUGUGCAGAGACUCUCAAGGAUGCAGUCAGUCCAUAUCUGCUUCAGCGAUUCAAAGUCGACGUCGCAACCGAUCUACCUCAGAAGAAGGAGCAAGUACUUUUCUGUAAGCUUACUCGUCAACAACGGGCCGCUUAUGAAGGCUUUCUUGCGUCGAACGACAUGAAGUCCAUUACAGAUGGCAAGCGAAACAUGCUGUUUGGUGUGGACUACUUGCGGAAGGUGUGCAAUCAUCCAGAUCUCACGGAGCAUAAAAUACUGUCUAAGAAGCCGGGCUACGACUACGGUGCUCCCAACCGAUCAGGAAAGAUGCAGGUAGUCAAGGAAUUGCUGUCCCUCUGGAAGAAGGGUGGACAUAAGACACUCUUAUUCGCACAACAUCGCAUCAUGCUUGACAUACUGCAAAAGUUUGUCAGUCAUCUGCCAGGCAUAAACUGGCGUCGCAUGGACGGAGAAACACCGAUCAAGGAGCGACAAAACCUCGUGGAUGAAUUCAACAACAACCCAGAUUUGGACGUCUUUCUACUGACCACGAAAGUGGGAGGCUUAGGCGUCAAUCUCACGGGCGCUAAUCGUGUCAUCAUCUACGACCCCGACUGGAACCCAUCGACCGAUAUACAGGCACGAGAGCGCUCAUGGCGUCUCGGACAGAAGCGAGAGGUUGAGAUAUACCGGCUUAUGUCUGCAGGUACCAUCGAGGAGAAGAUCUAUCAUCGCCAGAUCUUCAAGCAGUUCCUCACAAACAAGGUGUUGAAAGACCCGAAGCAGCGACAAACGUUCCAGAUGAGCGAUUUGCAUGACCUGUUCACCUUGGGUGAGAACACUGAGGGUGAGACGGAGACUGGCACCCUGUUUCGUGGAUCUGAAGUCAAAUUUGAAGAAGAUGGCAAGACUGCAUCGAAUGAAACUACUGGAGCCUCGGACCUCGCUGCCGUCACAGGAAUAUCACGGACUGAAGCAUUUCAAGAGCCCGUGGCCGAGAACGAAGAAACUGCUGCCAACAAAGAGGACGGUGCUGCGGGUGACAAAGACGCGCCCACAGACUCUCGCCUGAUGUCUACAAUAUUCGCAAAGACUGGUGUCCAUUCCGUCCUCGCGCACGAUGCAAUUGUCAAUUCAACUGCCGGUGGCCGUAAGCGCAAAGUACAAGCCGACCCAGCGUUCAUCCAACGAGAGGCAAAGCGUCAGGCUGCACUUGCAGCUGAGGAGCUGAAGAAGAGCAUGGAGCAAGCACGACAAGUGCCUGCUGGCGUACCCACAUGGACAGGCCAGUACGGAGAGGCAGGCCGCCCAGACUCAUCCCGACCUUCCACACGAGGAGGCCGAGGAGGAGGAAGAGGUGGUGGCCGGGGCGGAGCCCCCUCCUCAACUUCCAUCCUUUCCAAUCUUGCAGCACGACAAGGCCGUCCCUUGCCCGGCCUGAACCCGCCAAGCAACGCGUCUACAUCCUCGGCAAUGACUCCCCAGUCGUUUCGAGGAAAGCGCAUGCUCGAGAUGAUUCGCGACUUCAUGAUGACGCACGGAGGCGUGGUACCGAGUCGCAUGUUGGUCGAUCACUUCGAUCACUACUGUCGUGCUCAGCCAGGGCGCAACGAAGAGUUCAAGGAAAUGCUGAAGCUUAUUGCGACGUUGGAGAAGAGUGGGAGUGCGCAGAGGGGCCGAUGGGUGUUGAAGGAUGAGUGGCGAACCACCGGGGCUGGGAGAGCUUGA